AAAGUGCACGGGCUGCGGAGUGGAGCUCGCAUCUGUUCCCGCCGCCCGCGACCAGAUUAAAUUUCUGCAAAUUCAAACUGAAUGGGGCUUUCUUCUGCUGCCUUCCAGAGGGCGCCUGCAGCCCGCCGCGCGCUUCUCUCCGGCGGGAGCGGCCGCACCGCGCAAGGCUAGGAGCGAUCGCGCGGGCCGGACCAGAGCCCGUGCGGGCCAGACGGCGGCGGCGAGGCUGAGGCUGCGGAGGCGCCCGGGCUCCGGGACUCAGGCACCCAGGCACCUAGGCACCCGGACCCCGGGACCCAGGCGCCGCCAGACCGCGCCCCACCCCGCGCGCGGGAGCAGGGCAACUGUCAUUAGCCUUCUGGACGGGACCCGGGGCGGGAUCCCGGCGUCCUGAAAGGGGCCCGGGCGACCCUCUGAGAAAGAACUUUUGGGGGCGGGGUCCCCGGUCCCGCAUCGCCCGGGCGGCCGCUAUUGUCUGCGCUCCUCGCUUGGCGGCGCAGGGGGCGUGAUCGCGGCAGCCCCGGGAGUGGGGUGCGGAUACCCGGGCGGGGCUCGGCCCAGGGCGGCGGCGGGAGCAGCCGAGGGAGCCGCGGGAGCCGAGGAGCCGGAGGAGGAACUGCGAGCGCGGGAGCCGAGCCGGAGCCGCGCGGGCCGCGGGCGAGCGCGAUGCCGGCGGCGGCUGGGGACGGGCUCCUGGGGGAGCCGGCGGCGCCGGGGGGUGGCGGCGGCGCGGAGGACGCGGCCAGGCCGGCGGCGGCCUGCGAGGGAAGUUUCCUGCCGGCCUGGGUGAGCGGCGUGCCCCGUGAGCGGCUCCGCGACUUCCAGCACCACAAGCGCGUGGGCAACUACCUCAUCGGCAGCAGGAAGCUGGGCGAGGGCUCCUUCGCCAAGGUGCGCGAGGGGCUGCACGUGCUGACCGGGGAGAAGGUGGCCAUAAAAGUCAUCGAUAAGAAGAGAGCCAAAAAGGACACCUAUGUCACCAAAAACCUGCGGCGAGAGGGACAGAUCCAGCAGAUGAUCCGCCACCCCAAUAUCACUCAGCUCCUUGAUAUUUUAGAGACGGAAAACAGCUACUACCUGGUCAUGGAACUGUGCCCUGGGGGCAACCUGAUGCACAAGAUCUAUGAGAAGAAGCGGCUGGAGGAGUCUGAGGCGCGCAGAUACAUCCGGCAGCUCAUCUCCGCCGUGGAGCACCUGCACCGGGCCGGGGUGGUCCACAGAGACUUGAAGAUAGAGAAUUUGCUACUAGAUGAAGACAAUAAUAUCAAGCUGAUUGACUUUGGUUUGAGCAACUGCGCAGGGAUCCUGGGUUACUCGGAUCCGUUCAGCACACAGUGUGGCAGCCCCGCCUACGCCGCACCCGAACUGCUCGCCAGGAAGAAAUAUGGCCCCAAAAUCGAUGUCUGGUCCAUAGGUGUGAAUAUGUAUGCCAUGUUGACCGGGACGCUGCCUUUCACGGUGGAGCCUUUCAGCCUGAGGGCUUUGUACCAGAAGAUGGUGGACAAAGAUAUGAACCCCCUCCCCACCCAGCUCUCCACAGGUGCCAUCAGUUUCCUGCGCUCUCUCCUGGAACCAGAUCCUGUGAAGAGGCCAAAUAUUCAGCAGGCACUGGCGAAUCGCUGGCUUAAUGAGAAUUACACAGGAAAAGUGCCCUGUAAUGUCACCUAUCCCAACAGGAUCUCCCUGGAAGACCUGAGCCCGAGCGUUGUGCUACACAUGACCGAGAAGCUGGGUUACAAGAACAGCGACGUGAUCAACACUGUGCUCUCCAACCGCGCCUGCCACAUCCUGGCCAUCUACUUCCUCCUAAACAAGAAACUGGAGCGCUAUUUGUCAGGGAAAUCUGACAUCCAGGACAGCCUCUGCUACAAGACCCGGCUCUACCAGAUAGAAAAGUACAGGGCCCCCAAGGAGUCCUACGAGGCCUCUCUGGACACCUGGACAAGAGACGUUGAAUUCCAUGCUGUGCAGGAUAAGAAGCCCAAAGAGCAAGAAAAAAGAGGGGAUUUUCUUCAUCGACCAUUCUCCAAGAAGCUGGACAAGAACCUGCCCUCACACAAGCAGCCCUCAGCCUCGCUCAUGACACAGCUUCACAACACCAAAGCCCUGCUGAAGGACCGGAAGGCCUCCAAGGCCAGCUUCCCUGACAAAGAUUCCUUCGGCUGCCGCAAUAUUUUCCGCAAAGCCUCUGAUUCCAACUGUGUGGCUUCUUCUUCCAUGGAGUUCAUCCCCGUCCCGCCGCCCAGGACCCCGAGGAUUGUGAAGAAACCAGAGCCCCAUCAGCCAGGGCCUGGAAGCACCGGCAUCUCCCACAAGGAAGAACCCCUGAUGCUGGAGAUGGUGCGCUCCUUCGAGUCUGUCGAUCGCGACGACCACAUAGAAAUGCUGUCUCCCUCUCAUCACUACAGGAUUCUGAGCUCCCCGGUGAGCCUGGCUCGCAGGAAUUCCAGCGAGAGGACACUGUCCCCGGGUCUGCCGUCUGGAGGCAUGUCACCUCUCCACACUCCUUUGCAUCCCACUGUGGUCUCUUUUGCUCAUGAAGAUAAGAACAGCCCCCCUAAAGAGGAGGGCCUGUGUUCCCCACCUCCGGUUCCCAGCAGUGGCCCCAUGCAGCCUCUGGGGAGCCCGAAUUGUGUGAAAAGCCGAGGCCGGUUCCCCAUGAUGGGCAUCGGACAGAUGCUGAGGAAGCGACAUCAGAGCCUGCAGCCAUCCAUGGAUAGGCCCCUGGAGGCCAGCCUGCCCCCGCUGCAGCCCCUAGCCUCCGUGAACCUUGCCUUCGACAUGGCCGAUGGGGUCAAGACCCAGUGCUAACUUGGGCCAGCGGGAUUUGGGGUAUUGUAGAAAACAGCAACGGAACAGAGCUCCACACAUCUGUCAGGGUGUGACAUUCCAAGUCUUCGCAUGGAGCAUCCUUAGUGACCCGUUGGUUCCUGCCACACAGCAUCCCACCUGUAGCUGAAUCCACAGACCCAAGGCCUGCACCACCCAACCUUGCUUAGGGACCCCCAGAGAUGCUGGAAUCACCAGGAGGGUUGGCUCCAGGGGCAGCCAAUUCCAGUCCUUCAGAUCUUCCUUCCUCCCAACCACUCACCAACCCCUUCUAGUUCCCACUUCUGGGCUUGGGGGAAAAAUGGGGCAUCAGCCUUCUGGGGCACUCAGAUAAUGGACUGUUACCAGAUCUUUCUUCACACUGUGCUACCUGUGUGCCUCUCACAGCAGUCGGCCACAGUCACAGGGAGAGAACAACAUCACAGUCAUUCAUCCAGGCCGAGUUUCCUCUGCGGAGUACAGCAGCCCUGCCUUUCAUAGCAGGGAUUCCCUGAAGGCCAGCAGGAGCUGGGGGCAGGCCCAGGAUACUCAGAGGAAGAUGGGGAGGAGCUUCGGACAAAGAUCAAACAUUGGGGACCUCGACAGAAGAGAAAGACUGAAGGAGACACUCAUUUCCCAAGCAAGAUUUUGAUAGAUUCUUUUUUUUUGGUUGAAACAUGUUAAUGAUUGAAUUACCUUUUCCAAAGAGAUUUUUUUUUUAAUAUGAUGUUGGUAAAUUGAAAUAACAUAAAAACUUGGAUGGAGAGAUGAGAAGCAAUUCCACCAAACUCAUGUUUUCACUAGAAGGUUCAGUGUGGAGGGCAAAAGAGCUGUCUGUCGUGAUGUGCUUAGUGGCAUGGCCCAUGGGCAGGGCACGAUCUCCGUGGUCCUGCAUUCAUCCUGUUGUUAAGGCAUAGCCCUGAUCCUUCUGGAAGGCAUAGAACACGGUUAUGGCUGGUUCUGUCGAAAGAGAGAAAAGAUAAUUGUGAUAAUUCAGAGCAUAAUUCGGAUGGCAAGAAGGCAGCAUGACCUCUGUGCGGUGUGGAUUUCAAGCUGCCCAGAGAACAAGUGUGGCUCAGAACUCAGCGAGUUUGCUGGAAGCAGGGAGCCGGCUUGCCUGGCAAAGAACCUGUUCAGAUACAGGACAGUUUCUUCUUCGGGGAAAGCUGAGCUCCUCAAACAGGGCUCAAUCCACGUUGUGUGUUCACACCUUUCUCCAAGGAUCGAACCAAAGAUGCGUCUCCAGUGUUGUGUCUGUGCCCCCCAUGUGUGCGUUUUGUGGGGCCCCGUGCUGUCUGACUGUGUCCAGCUGGCACUUGGCAGGGUGCGCUCGGUUGUGAGCAGAAUCAGAAAAGAAGAAUCAGCACAGGUUGGAUAGGGGUUAAUGUAGGAGACUGGUUACAGAAAGGCCUGGAGUCUUCAACUUUUGACCUGUGCAGGUGUGAUCAGAGACCACCUCUGUGGCCACCUUAGGUGGUCAUCUCAGUCCAUGGAUCCCAAAACAAAUCUAGAAUUGCAAAGCCAGUCUUUGUGUCCCUGGCAGGCAGCCUUGCCAGAGGGUAGAGAGGUAGUUCAGAAACAUUCUCUCAUUCACCAGUGGGGACGUCCCUUAGUCCCCCCAUCUCUGAUGGAGCAGGAGAGAAUGGAUAUUUGGCCAACCUUGGCAAGACCUGGAGCUGCCUCUUUCCUCCCUAAGGGAUCACCCUAGUGUUAGGGCAUUCUAGGAUGAGGUCAGACCCCUUAGCUAUUGGUGGUGUUUUUUGUGUAGCUUCAGACUGGGUUCCAGAACUUACCAUUGAAAAUAGAGCUUUUAGGCCAGGCGUGCUGGCUCACACCUGUAAUCCUAGCACUUUGGGAUCCCAAAGCUCAGGAGUUCGAGACCAGCCUGGGCAACAUGGCAAAGGCCUGUCUCUACAAAAAAUAAAAUAAAUAAAUUAGCUGGUGUGGUGGCACAUGCCUGUAGUUCCAGCUACUUGAGGGCGCUGAAGUGGGAUGAUCCCUUGAACCCAGGAGGUCGAGGCCGCAGUGAGCCAAGAUCAUGCUACUGCACUCCAGCCUGCGUGGCAAAGUGAGACCCUGUCUCCAGAAAAAGAAAAUAGAGCUUUUUAAGCAGGGAGAAGAAAAGAAUAAUAUAAGACCGUCUCUCCAUUUGACAUGAAGUGUACCUUUUCUAAUGACGGUUUCCAGCCACUCUACUCUGCAAGUUCGCAGGGCAUGCACUGGUGCAUUGGGAACUUUCUGGAGCCCCUGAUGCCUUUUCCUCACAUUAUACUUUCCUCAAGAAACAGGAGUGCUUCCGCCUUGCCAUUAGCUGGUGGAAAACGUGCUUCUCAUUCCCGGCAUGCUUCAAGAACAGCUGCAGUUGUUCCGCUAAUGACCGCAUUGCCAUUGGUCACCUGGACUCUGAACUCAGGUUUAUUCUAAACCCAGUGAGAGGUGAGGGGGAGUGAGGAAAGGGAUCCACUGUAUUUUGUGUGUGUGUGAGCACCUGACAAAUCUAUGAAACUGAGUGAAAGGAGAAAUGCUAGAUUCUUUAUGAUUUUAUUAUAUUUAUAUGGAAAAUCUGACUCCGUUUUUGGUAAGUCCGAAGCGUGUUGUCUGUCCGACCGUGACUGCCUUCCUCAGUCUGUGCCUGUGAUUCCGGUCACCUUGUAGUUACUGAUGGAAAUUGACGGGACUGUCGUCAUGUGAUGUCCAGGAGGAAAAGUCCAUUUUAAUUGUAUGAUUUGGUCAUAAGUAAGGACUAUAUUUAUGUCACCAUUAGUAGAUAUAUGUACUUUUGUAAUGACUGUGAAAUACACUUUUCCCUCACUA